AUAUACCCUUUCAAUUUUAACAAGAUUCCUGUGUCUGGGAUUUAAUCAAAUAAGUAAAUGAAUGUUAUUUACAUACUGGCAUUGAUGACAUGGGUGGAUUCAACCCAUUCCGUGACAAAAAAAUUCGAAAAGAUUAUGAACGAAUGAAGUGUUUUCUUAUUAUGUUAUCCGUAUUUGCUACUGAAGAGCCGAUAAGGCAAGUGUCUUACGGCUAAACAUUGGAUGUCUAGCAGUGAGGAUGACGGUGUUCCAUUAGGGUUGAAACAAAGUCAGCAACUACCAGACUAGUGACAAUUUAUCCCAAUAUACAAACAAAAUUAAUUUGGAAAUGUGGGAACUAACAGAUGAUCUCCUGAGCGAUUUUACGUAUAUGUUUCGCGUAAACCACAAAAGCUUAAAUAAAAAUGAGAAACAUAAGAAGGACAAACGUGAUAGAGCCACAAUCGAACAAGUCAUGGAUCCAGGAACUAGGAUGAUUUUAUUCAGACUCCUGAACAAAAAUGUAUCAGAAAUAAACGGAUGUAUUUCAACAGGCAAGGAAGCAAAUGUUUAUCAUGCUGUGUCAGAUAGUGGCGAAGAUUAUGCGAUCAAAAUCUUCAAAACGUCCAUUCUGGUGUUCAAGGAUAGGGAUAAAUACAUUACUGGCGAUUACAGAUUUAGACACGGUUACCGUAGAAGUUCUACAAGAAACAUGAUUAAAACUUGGGCAGAAAAAGAGAGGAGAAACCUAGCUCGGAUGCACUCUAAAGGUUUGAAUGUACCUCAGCCUAUUUCACUCGAGUCUCAUGUCCUCCUUAUGACUUUUAUAGGAAAAAAAGGUUGGCCAGCACCAAAAUUGAAAGAUGUUGAGCUGAGCUUGUCAAAAGCCAGGCAAGCCUACAGGGAAACUGUUGUCAUGAUGUGGCAGAUGUAUAACAAAUGUAAAAUGGUUCACGCCGAUUUCUCUGAAUACAAUAUGCUCUACCACAAUGGACAAAUUUACAUAAUAGAUGUUUCACAGUCUGUUGAAGUUGACCAUCCCCGUGCUCUUCACUUUCUAAGGAUGGAUUGCAAAAAUAUUACAGAAUUCUUCGAGAAAAAAAACGUUGUUACUAUGAGCAUCAAAGAUUUGUUUGAUUUCAUAACCGAUUCCAGUAUCACAGAAAGUAAUAUGGAGGAGUGUCUAGAUGCCUUUGCAGAAAAAGCUGCUGGAAACACGGAAACAACCUCCCCAGAACAGGUUGAUGAAGAGGUAUUUUUACACGCUUAUAUUCCACAACGACUGACAGAGGUGAUAGAUUUUGAGCGAGACAUCAAUCAAGCGAAAGCAGGUCAUUCAGAAAAUUUAAUAUACAAAACUCUAGUAGGUCUGAAAUCUGAUUUGAGUGGUACUGUUCAAAGGCCAGAAAUAUUAAAUGGAAAUGAAGAAAAUCAUGACGAUCAGACCGAGUAUGACAAAAAAUUUGAAUCUAGUUCCAUAAUCGAACAGCCUGAAAUACUAGAACAGAGUGAAACAAAGUCAGGAAUAUUAAAUGGAAAAGAAGAAAAUCAUGAUGAUCAGACUGAGUAUGAUGAAUCUGAAUCAAUUUCCAUAAUCGAACAGCGUGAAAUACUAGAUGAAGAUAGCGAAACAGAGAGAGAAUAUGAGGAUGAAGAUAGCGAAACAGAGUCAAAAAAAGAGAACAAGUUUAGGAAUUCAGCAAGGCCAAAAAAUGAGACUAAAGAAGAAAAAAAAGCAAGGAAGCAGGCUGUGAAAGAAGCGAAAGCAGAAAAAAGGAAAACUAAGGUCAAGAAACAUGUUAAGAAAAGGAUAGAAAAACUAAGAAACAGACCUANAAAAUAA